GACACCUCCGGCCUCGAUCCUGAUGCCAAUGUUCCUUCAGUAUUGCGGAGUCCGCAAGGAAGAUUCCUCGAGCUCUGUGAUUUUGAACUCUGUGAUGAAAAGGUCGAAAGAGUGAGCUUUACCAUCAUAGCUGCAAAACGAUCGAUGUAGAGAACCAGUACGGCGCACGCACCUGGUCGAAACGACCAGAAUAAUCGAGGAUUUCAUCGAAAGAGCGAAGCACAGUCUGGCCAGCUUUGUAUCUGAAUUUCCCUCUAAUCAGACGCCAGAGAUUAAGUCAGGACUCGCAUGGUGUACUGUACUCGACUUCACGUGCUCCAACUCGUUGACCAAGUGCCGAGUUUCUGCUCGCAAUUCUCACCAGAGAUUCAAUUUUUAUUUUUAUUUUUCAUUGGUUAGCCUGCCAGCCAGCCAAUAAGCUUUCCUUAAUUCAGAGCAAGUGACGCCAUUGGAGAACGGACAUGGUACAGAGUCUGGGACCUCAGCCGUCAAGUGAGGACACGGACAUGGAGUCUUUAUGAUUAGGGCCCGUGGAGGUCGUGCCCGAUAGUGCUGCGCCUGACCCGGCGCUGUCGUACCAGCGAGCAGUUCCGUGACCAGAUCAUCGGGCCAAGCAGAGAGGAGCUACGAUUGUCUGUCCUGACGGCGAAUUCGUAUGAAUCAAGGCCCUGAUGUCACUGGCGAGAAACGGUAUCCACGGAUAGCUUGCACUGCAGGUCGUGGGAAGCUACAUCCGUUGGGCUUAUUCGUUCUGGAUUCUCCAUUGGUGGAAGCGUACGCUAGCAUUGACUCCACUGGACUUCGCUUCCUUCCUUCCUUCUAUCUUGAGUUCUGACGGGGUUUAACUGCUGAGCUCAUGGAUGGGUUCAGGUGGUAGAGGGCAAGCUUGCAGAUAAUAUUAAAGAUGGAACAAAAGGCAACAAUGGAUCCGAUCGAUUGCAAUCGGUUGGUCCUCUGCAGUCUUCUAGAGGAACAAAACUCCUUCGGGAGUACAUUCAGGAUACCUGCAGUAGGCAGGCAAUACACGCAAUCAAUGGAAAAGCAGCGACGGAGGCCCCAGGUUCGCUUAUGCAUUUAGGAGGAACUGCUUCGUCGAGACUCGAAUCCUCCAUUUGCUGUAGCGCGACAUCUAUGCGGCAUAGUCAUCUGUGCGGCAUAGUCGAAGCGAGGAAGUUGUUUGUGUGUCUGUCUGCUUGUCAGCAGGAGCAGCAGCAAUGGCCGCCGCCGCGGCAUCGACGAUGGUGACAAUGUCGAAUGUGGCAGGGAGGAAGACGCUCUGUCCAAGCGCGAGAGAAUCGAAAACAGUAGAUUUGCAUCCACGGGCAACGAUGCCACCUUCACUCAUUCAAGUUCGCCAGAUGUCAAAGACUGUCAGUAUAAACUCCGGAAAAACAAAAGGAAGUUUUUCUAAGCGCAUGUUUCAAAUAUCAACACACCAAGGCGAGAGAUCGUCAGUGAGAAAGAUUCGUUGUGUAUCUGGCCAGUCCACUCCAAGAGCACGGGGCCCUCCCGCCAUUCCUGCGAAGGUGGAAAUGCAUGAAGAGGAAAUUGUGGAUGGCGUUAAUGUGCAACACGGCUAUCUGAACAACAAAGACGUCAAAAUCCACUUCGUUGAGUGCGGAGAUCCUGCAGGCAAAUUGGUCAUACUGGUGCAUGGUUGGCCCAACUUCUGGUAUGUGUGGAAACAUCAGUUCAAGGCCUUGGCUGCAGCUGGAUACCACGUCAUUGCCCUGGAUUUAAGAGGCUACAACCUGUCCUCCAAACCUGAAAAGCUGGAAUCGUUUGUUCGCUCGGAGGUUCUGAGUGACUUCGUGUGUUUCAUCGACAUUUUCGGUAAUGGCGAGCCCGCGAUCAUGGUGGGACACGAUUGGGGAUCUACAAUCUCGUGGUGUUUUGCCGAGGAUUAUCCGAGCAAAGUCGAGAGGUUGGUGACAAUUAAUAUGGGCCGCCUCACGGACUUCAGCCAGAUUCUAAGGAGCAAUCCGGCACAGCUUCUACGAAGUUGGUAUAUAGGUGCGUUCCAGAUACCUCACCUAGCGGAACAUGCUAUCGCAUACGACCGGUGUCUGAUUUUAAGAGAAAUUUGCAGAAAUUGCAUACCAUCCAUGUCCACCUCCGACAUUGAAAGGCAUGUGACGGCAUACUCAAUUCCUGGAGCUAUUAAGGGCAGUUUAACAUUCUAUCGAGCUGCUGUACGGGGUCUGUGGCACUUGCCAGACAAGAAGGUGCCAGUGGUCAAGACGCCAGUGACGGUGUUCUGGGGGGACAAAGACAGCUUUCUACUACCGAUUGUGGCAGAACCAUCCAAAGACACAGCUCUAAAUGCGAAAGUGGUGCAUCUUCCUCAGUGUGCACAUUGGCCGAUGUGGGAUGACCCCAAGCUGUUCAAUGAGCUGCUUUUGGAAACCAUCGCAGGAAAAUCAUCAUAAAAUGUGCAGCACCGGCAAUAUGACGGGCUUUUCGGUGUAAGAUCUGGAGAAGCUCUGGUAGUUUGACUCUAAACGUUCGAACGUAAAAGAGCUCCUCUGCAAAUUAGUCCUUCUGACGCUGAGAAAGCAAGUUAAAAGCGUAUUUAUACCACCGUAGUCGAGCUGCGGAACGGCGCCUGGAACAAUAUGAGAUAAGGAACCGAGAGCAAUUUCAUGCCUUACCAGCUUCUCGUACGUACAUGUGUAACUUGAACGAGCAAACCCUACGUCUAUACACUAGUUAAAGGGCUUACUUGCAGAUAUCUGGAGAUCUGCUCUCAAUAUGAAUUAGAAGAAAUCUUCAAAUAAUACAAAUGCCAAGCUCUGCAGAGCUCCUUUUCAAGCAAGUGAGAAGUUUCGGACUUUCAUCUUGCCUGCCCGUGUUCUGAGUCUACCUAUGGCGUGCACUUCUAAGACCGGCAUGAGGGUACACACGUUACUGAGAUCAGCCCUGUCUAAAUUACGAAACGCAACUGAAUGCAAGAAAUCGUCCAGCAGCACAAAUAUCAUCGAGAGUCUGAGGAGCCCACAGCUGAUUUAUUAUGACAGCUGGGGAGCUUGAAGAAGGCGCUUUUGUGAGGCUGGCCACAGGCGCAACCCUGGGGCCGGAGCAAACAGAGGCUGACAUGUGCUGGGUGGGAACGAGCCGGGGCCAGGGCGAGCAGUUACUGGUGUACGAGGGGGAACCCAUGAUGAAUCGGACGUGGACAUGGUCCUCUCGUCUUCACAGAAUCUCAUACGGCGAACGAAGGAAGUGAAGUGGCAGGAUUCUGGUUGGAUCAGGCCAGAAUCCUCAGAUUUCAGAUCCGG